AUGGCCGACGAUUGUGUUAAGGUUGGAGGUUUAGGAAGUAAUUUCAAAUUAAUUAAACAAGGUGCUGAAGCUAAAUUGUAUAAAGGAAUUUAUUUAGGACGGCCAACUAUCGUAAAGGAGCGAUUUAAGAAAAGUUAUCGGCAUGUUGAUUUGGAUAAUCGUCUAACGAAAGAAAGAAUGAAGUCUGAAGCGAGAGCUAUAUUGAAGUGCAAAGCUGCUGGAAUCUGCACCCCUGCCUUAUAUUUGGUUGACUUUGAGCGGAGACGCAUAUACAUGGAGGAAAUACAGAACAGUGUAACAGUGAAAGACUAUGUUGCACAGAUGUCGGAAGAGGCAGUCAAUGGAGAUGCGGAUACUGGUGAUCUGUUAAUGAAAUUAAACCCAAUUGCCCAGGAAAUUGGCAGAGUACUGGGGAAAUUACAUGCAAACAACAUCAUUCAUGGUGAUUUAACAACAUCAAACAUGUUACUAGUAAACAAUGGAAAAGAUAUUCCAACUGUUGUUUUAAUUGACUUUGGUUUAAGUCAUGUGGAAUCAAGUAUAGAAGAUAAAGGCGUGGAUCUUUAUGUGUUGGAGCGAGCAUUGAUAAGCACUCACGCUAACGUAGACCAACUUUUCCAAGUUAUUUUAAGCUCUUAUGUGGAAGAAAAUAAAAAGCAAUGUAGAGAGAUACUGAAAAAGUUGGACGAGGUACGUGCAAGGGGACGAAAGAGGACAAUGGUUGGGUGAUGAACACUUUAAAUAUUGAUGCUCUGUACGUUGGUAACUUCCCUAGUAAUUGCUACACUCUGGUAUGUGCAUCCUGACUCAAACCAUUCCAUUGAGGAAAGAGGUUUGUUAUACCACAGACUUUGCAGCACAAAUGAUAUGCAGUGGCCCACACUCGAGUUGCUGAACAAAGCAUAGACUCUCCUUGCUGCAUCAAUAACAAGCAUACGGAAGUCUCAAAUAUUUUUAGAUUAAAUUGAGAAAAAAUCUAUCUUGUUUCAGACUUGAUCCAGUUCAAUACAAAGAAGGUUCAGGGGCACCAAAUUAACAACAGUCUUGCGGUAGUAUAGUUGGUUGAGGCACUA